AUGAUGACAUGGUACAAAGAAAAUGGAACGGAUAACCCAGGUUUUAUCUCAAAAUCAUGGUGGACAGGAGCCGCUUUGUUUCUGGCUUGUCUCAACUAUUGGCAUGCGACCAACGACACAACCUAUAACGAGGAAGUCAGCAUCGGCAUGCAACAUCAGGGAAGUCCGACUGGAGACUACAUGCCUUCGUGGGCAUCAGGCAUAGGAAAUGACGAUCAAAUGUUCUGGGGCCUCGCAGCGAUCACAGCAGCGGAAUAUAAUUUCCCGAAUCGACCAACGGGCGACACCUGGCUCACCCUUGCCGAGGGUGUUUUCAAUGACCAGAAAGACCCAGAUGGAAAAGGGUGGGAUACGACUGUUUGUGGAGGUGGUCUUCGCUGGCAGAAGGAACUCUGGCAAAGUGGAUAUACCAUGAAGAACGCGGUGUCGAACGGUGGCUUUUUCAUGCUCGCAGCUCGUCUCGCUUGGUUCAAACAAGAGAAGGGGUAUGCUACUUGGGCGGAGAAAGUCUGGGACUGGUCUACCUCUGUGAAUCUGGUCAAUGAUACAACCUGGGAAGUGGCAGAUAGUGUCCGACAAGGCACUGGAGGUCCCGAUGGUUGCAGUCUUCCUGACCACACCCGAUGGACCUACAACUAUGGUACCUAUGCGUCUGGUGCUGCGUAUAUGUAUGCAUAUACGAACGAAAAUAAAUGGCUCGAGAUCACAACCGGCCUAGUGGACGCAAUCUUUACUACAUUUGCCCUACCUGAACACGGAGGUGUGAUCACAGACUGGAACUGCGAAGCAUCAAGCCGAUGCUAUGUAGACGCCAACGGCCCACUUUUCAAAGGCCUUACAGUGUCCUGGCUUUCAGAUAUUGCAUUGAUCAUCCCUGAGUUUAAGGAGAAGAUCCUACCAAAACUCCAAGUUUCCGCCAAAGGUGCUGCAAAUUCAUGCACCGGAAACAACGAAAACCUCUGUGGAAACCACUGGUACGGCGGAUACGACGGACAGAAUUCAAUGGAGAAUGCCAUCAGUGGAAGUCAGAUCAUGAGUGCUGUGAUGCUGAAAUUCCUAGGCGAUUCCUCAAAACCAGUAUCAACUGCCACCGGAGGAAAUGGCUCAAGUGACCCGAAUUCCGGUACGAGGAAAACGUCGGGGCCUGAGACGUUGGCACCUAUCACGACGGCAGACAAAGCAGGAGCUGGAAUCCUGACGGCGGUUUUCGUGUGUCUUACGGUAGGCGGGUUGGUCUUUUUGUUUAUGAACCCCUGA